UUUCGUGCGUCUUCUAUCGAGGCAUGUUGCACCCGCAAGUCGACGAUUGAGGUUGGACCGGCAUCAUGCUGCCCAGCGUCGUCCGACGUCUCUACGCCGUCGUGGCCGCCUUCCUGCUGCUAACCGCGCACGGCCAUCGGUCCCUUGGUGACAGGAUACCACUUCGCCCAUACUCCUCGUGCCGCAUCAUCGUCGACGCCGGCUCGUCGGGCACCCGCUUCUUUGUCUUCCCGUCACCGAGCGUGCCAACCGCCGAUAACUUUGCGCACCUCACGCCCGGCCUGAGCGAGAUCGCGCCGCUGCAAGCGUAUGCGUACAUGCGCCCAGCGCUCUACGAGGUCCAAGCGUCGCUCUCGCCCGAGAUGCGCGCCCGGUGCUUUGUGCAUAUCUACGGCACGGCCGGCAUGCGCGCAUUGGAUGCAUCGCAGCAAGCCGAGCUCUACAACCAGUUGUACCUCGAUCUCAAGAACGACGCGACCAUGACGCUACCAUUAGAGCGCGCGCAUGUGCGCACCAUCUCGGGCGACGAGGAAGCGUUCUUCUUGGCCAUGGCGGCCAACUUUCUCGAUGCGCGAGUCGAGAGCGACCUCGCGCCCAGCAACGUCGAUCUCUUUGGCGCCCUCGAUCUCGGCGGCGGCAGCACGCAAAUCGUCUUUGACAUCAAGGAGCGCUGGCGCCAGAACGCGCGGCGCAAGGCCAUGCCGCAUCAAAAGACGCUCAACGUCAGCGAGUUCUUCGUGCAGUCGUUUGCUGGCUAUGGCGCCGCACACAUGCACGAUCAAGUGCUGCAAGCGAUCGCCGCCAACGCCUCGAGCGACUCGGUGCAUUCGAAUGCGACCAACGCGACGGCCUCGGUUGAGCUCUUGACCAACCCGUGCUACUUUACCGGCUACAGUGGCGCCAACCAGACGGGCACCGGCCACGCCGCCGAGUGCCUGCGUCUCCUACAAUCGCUCGUGGCACAAGAGAACGCCAACUGUCCCAGUGGAUCGUUUUGCGCUCUCCAGUCGGUGCCGCAGCCGCCUGUGACAGGCGCCUUCUACGCCGUGAGCGUCUACUACCUCGCGACCGUCUUUGCUCGCGAUGUUGUGAGUCGCAUGGCGCCAACGCUGAGCUACGGCUGGCCGGCGCCGUCCCUCGAGGAGAUGGAAUCGGCGACUCAUUUAGUGUGCAGUAUGCGCUUUGACGAGCUUGCUGCGUUGGAACUGGAGCAUACCCCCGCGGAGAUGCUACCCCGGCGCUGUCUCGACCUUUGCUACGUCACGACGCUGUUACGUGCUUACGGCUUUGGUCUCGCAGAGCGCCGGGUCGUGUUUGUCGACCGCAUACGAGGCUCGCCAUUGGUGUGGGCGACGGGGGCGUACUUGAUGGACCACGCGCUGGCCUCGACGGCCUACGCCGACGCGCUUGUGAGCUAUCUCUCGCGCCAAGUCGAAGUGGGGCUUCCGGUUGGGUGGCAUGUCGCACUCCUCAUGCUGACAAUGGCUGUGGUCGCGCUCUUUUUCACGGUACACCGCGCGACGGGCCGGCACGGGUCGACCCAAGCCAUCGAGUUUGUUGGGGACCCACGUAAAUAGACAGCAGGCUGUGGUAAAGAUUGUAUAGACACGUACAAGCACCAAGUACUCUUUAAAGCCUAACGGUCAUUAGACAAUGCGUGCGACUAGUGCUUAUAGUAAAACAAAGCAACGUUUGUCACGUGA